AUGUCUAACUGGGAUGACCGCCCCGACUACCCACUCAACUCAGAUUUAGUGAAGGAAUUGAAGUUGGCCCUGGAUGCAGACAAUGAGGACAGCAUGGCUGAUCUUCUCUGUUCUCGUGUUGAACACGUGGAUGCUAUUAUUGAACUGUCCAAUGACGACUGGAUGAAGGACCCCACAACCCAGCUGCCCCCUGGAGCCUUGGUCCGCGGAGAUCUGGAUCAUCUGAAGCCCCUCAUGGACCAGUUCCAGAAUGCCAACUUGGCACUUGAGAUCCAUACAGAUGAGAUGGAAUGGCAGGUGAAGUCCCCAGCCACCUUUGGACUGUCAGGUCUCUGGACCCUGGAGUACAAGCGUGAGCUGACCACACCACUGCGCAUCGCUGCAGCCCGAGGCCACACGGCCUGUGUGCACCACCUGCUCGACCGCGGCGCCCGGCCCAACGCCAGCCCCGGGGGCCGCAGUGCCCUCCAUGAGGCCUGCCUGGGGGGCCACACGGCCUGCGCCCUCUUGCUACUGCACCACCACGCCGACCCCGACCUGCUCAGCUCUGACGCCCUGGCGCCCUUGCAUCUCUGUCGUACGGCCAACUCACUCAGGUGCGCGCAGGCGCUGCUGGAGCACGGGGCCUCGGUACACCUGGAGGGCAGCGCCGGCGGGGACACCCCGCUGCACGUGGCCGCUCAGUGGGCCCUGGACGAGCACGCGCGCCUCUACCUGGACCACGGGGCGCGCGUAGACGCGCGGAACUGCCAUGGCGAGACGGCGCUGAGCGUGGCCUGCGGAGCGCCCUGGACACCAGACGAACAGGAGCGCGGUCUGCGCCUGUGCGCGCUGCUGCUGAGGAGUGGCGCCGACGCGAACGCGCGAGAUGAGGACGAGCGUCGCCCACUGCACCAGGCCUGCGGCCGCGCGCGCCACAAGCUGGCGCACCUGCUGCUGCUGCACGGCGCCGACGCGGGCGCACUCGACUACGGCGGGGGCGCGCCGCUGGGGCGCGCGCUGCAAACGGCGGCCUGCGCGUCUGAACCCGCGCCAACACGUCGCAAGGUGCAGGCACUGCUCAACCACGGAGCCCCCCGGGUGUGGCCCGACGCCUUCCCCAAGGUGCUGAAGGCAUGCGCAUCUGCUCCUGUGGUCAUCGAGGUACUCUUCAACUCAUACCCUCAACUCCAGGUAUCCAGGUCCUGGAAGGGGGUCAUUCCUGAGGAAGACCUUCAGAUGCACCAACCUUUCUAUCAGUCCCUGUUCGCCCUGGCCAGCACCCCACGCUGUCUGCAGCAUCUCUGCCGGGGCGCCCUCCGGAAGCUGUUUGGCAAGAAGUGUUUCCACCUCAUCCCCCUGCUGCCCCUGCCAAAGUCUCUGCAGGACUAUCUGCUCCUGGAGCCAGAGGGCAUCUUGCAUUGA